AAUUAUUAACAUUAUGAAAUAGGGUCGAUCUUAAAGGUAAAUGGACGAAUGGACGAUGGAUGAAUAAACGAGAUCGCGGAGUUCACCGCGUGUCAGCUAUUAAUUUACGCGUGGUAAUAAAUAAAUUGGUAGAUAACAGUUGCUCGGUUAUCGUACGGAGUCAAAAUGGCGACUUCCUUUUGGCCAUAUGAAAGGGUGGCAAACGCGAAGGUCUCAGACAGAUCAUCGAACUGGUCGCGCCGAUGUAUUCUACUAGUCGUUUCACGGAGUUGUGACUGCCGAGAAUUUCAAAGUGAAGUUUGAUGUAAGGGAUUAUAAAUAUGCCUCGUUUGUGAUUAAGCGUGUGUCGUAUGCGAGAAAAAUAAUUAGUGAACUCUUAAGACGAUUGAUACUUUGUCAUGGAAAGGUUCAAGAGGGAUCGUGUAAAAUGCGAAGAAAUCCAUCGUGAGAGCCGGUACAGAGCAUGGCCAACGCGAAAGUUACGUCGUCGCGCCGUAUUAAAAAACGGCGAGUGCAACGUACUGCAGUCCCGAAUUUCCAGACGUUCUCUACGUUUCCUACGGGACAUAUUCACGACCCUGGUGGACACGCAAUGGCGAUGGAUGUUGCUGUGCUUCAGCCUAAGCUUCGUGCUCUCCUGGUUGGGUUUCGCGGUGAUCUGGUGGCUGAUCGCGUUCAGUCACGGUGAUUUCGAGAAGGACCACUUACCACCGUAUCAGAUCGAGAACAACUGGACACCGUGCAUCAACAAUAUCUUCUCCUUCACGAGUUGCUUCCUAUUCAGCAUCGAGACGCAGCACACGAUCGGUUAUGGAAGUCGUGGCACCACCGAGGAAUGUCCCGAAGCGAUCUUUGUCAUGUGCAUCCAGAGCAUCGUCGGUGUGAUGAUCCAAGCGUUCAUGGUGGGAAUAGUGUUCGCAAAGAUGAGCAGGCCGAAGCAGAGAACUCAGACGUUACUCUUUUCACGAAACGCCGUGAUUUGUCAGAGAGACGGCGAACUCUGUUUAAUGUUCCGCGUCGGUGAUAUGAGGAAAAGUCACAUAAUAGGAGCGGCUAUUAGGGCGCAGUUGAUAAGGUCCAGGACCACCAAGGAAGGCGAAGUGUUGUCGCAAAAUCAACAGGAGUUGGCCGUAGGCACCGACGGGCAGAAUGGAAAUCUAUUCUUUAUCUGGCCCACUACGAUCGUUCACAGAAUCAACGCGGAAUCUCCGUUUUACAAUAUGUCCGCCGAGGAUAUGCUGACGGAGAGAUUCGAGAUCGUGGCUAUCCUCGAGGGUACGAUAGAAUCGACGGGACAAACUACCCAGGCUAGAUCUAGUUAUUUGCCCCAGGAAAUUCUCUGGGGGCACAGGUUCGAGCCGAUGGUCACGUACUCGAAGGAGAGACAGGGUUACGAAGUGGAUUACUCCUUGUUCAACAGCACCGCGCAAGUCGGAACACCUCUGUGCUCCGGCAAAGAACUCGCGGAAUUUUAUAAGGUGCAGGAAGAGCUUCGUCAUGGGAACGGUAUGAUAAUCGACGAGGAUUUCCUAACGGAAUCCUGUCAGGACAGCCAGUGCCACUGCGGUCACCGUCCGCACCUAAAUCAUCAUCACAACCAUCCAAAUCACCAUUUAACGUACGUGGAUAGCGGCCGAAGUGAAACAAGCGCCGACGAGGCGACCACUUGUCGAAAUUCUUACAGAAACUCGUCCUAUCACGGGCCUGCAAUUGCCAAUCGUGACCACAGCCACUACAAGAUUCUGGAUUUGGAUCCUGACGGGAUCCAAGUGAUGGGCGAAGUCGAUCUACAGCAUUUACCAGAAUUAGUGAAUAGAGAAAUCCUGAAAAACAGCCGUGAGAUCAUCUUCGAAGAGCCAGAAACAUCGCGAGAGGGAAGCCCGUUGUUGCUAAAGUCAACCAAUCGGAAAAACUGGAAGCAUUCGCUCGUGGACGAAGAAAGAAGAUCUUUGAACAGUUCCAAGAGAAGUCUCUAUCACAGAAAUGUCCUUCGAGGCUUGGAGGAGGAUAAAAGGUCUCUAGAUGGAUCUAGGAAAAAUUUAAACGGGUCUAGAAAGUAUAUACUGAUCCCUUGGGAUAAUAAGAAUGGGACGGAGGCCGGCUACAGGGACAAUUUUACCGUUAAUAGAAGACACACGGAGGGCAAGGAGUAUUUCAAUACGACGAGGAAGGCUAUUUGCGUGAAAGGGUCCAAAGAAAUCCAAGAAACAGACACCAGAGGAAGAUUGAACUCUAAUGACGACAGAUUGAUGAUAGAAAUGGAGAAAUCGUCGAAACCACAUCAACCGCAGGAGAUAUUAACUAAAGACAGUAGUACUUCACUGUCGCAUCCUAACUUAUCAUCUAAUGAGUAUACUUCUUCAAAGUCUCCGGUUCCAUCGAAUUCUUCAAAUUUGUUGCCGAUAUCGGAUCUGUCGCCAGAGUCUGGCUUCUACGAAGGAAUACAGUGCAAUUCCAGCCCAGAAUACGUCAGGAAAGAUUUAAAAAUUUCCAAUGAAUCUGUGAUCACGAGAAAUAGAAGAAGUUACGAGAACGCGCAGCUUCAAGAUGUGAACGAAACUUUGUCAGGACGUAACAGUGAUAAUAGUUCGUUAGACAGCGAGGCGUCGAAGAAUUUAGUUAGUGAACAUGGUUCUCGUAAAUUUGGUGAAAAAAAUGUUGUCGGAAAGCAGACAGUCUCGUAUACGAGCGUCUGAGAAAAGUGUGCCUUUCUUCUAGUGUAACGUGCCGCUUCUAAGUGCCAGUGCAAUUACGUUGUACAGAAAAAAUAGUGUUUCGUGCAUUUCCAAAGCAAGAUCAAAGUUGUUAGCAAGAUUUUAUUGUUAGUCUACCUAGCAUCAAUAGCACUGAUAAUGUGAGGAUUUGAAAAUUUACUUUUCAUUAAACAAAAGUCACAGAAUUCGGAUAUGAAAAUUAUGAAAAUUCAAAUAUUGAGAAACGAUAUAAAAUCUAAAAAAUAAUAAAUAACAUUGUAAAGGUUUAUCAUUUGAAAUCCUCACAUUUUUGUUCUAAUACAUAAUUCUGUUAGAUAAUUGGUAAAAUCGAUAUACAUAUCUUAUGAUGUAUGCAGUCAUCAUUUCUUAAAAUUCUUCUGGAUAAAAAUGAAUAUUUUGUACUUUUUAUUCUUUAUAUUCAAACUUUCCAGAUUAAUAAUAAAUGAUAGCCAUAAUAUUAGCAUAGUCAAGCUAAUAUUAUUAAUGAGAUCUUGCAAGUCACAAGUAACAAGCAACAUGUGCGAUAAGAAAAUUAGGAAGAAACUAAUAAAUUUUACAAAUUAUCCACAAUCUUAUUAUAAAAUUGUAAUCUACAAAAUGUAGUUUGUUAAUUCACUAUAUUAUUGGUUGUUAUAAGAAAAUCCAGGUAUUACAGUGUAAAAGAAAAUUUGAAAAACAUUUAGAAAUGUUUUAUUAUUAUAGUAAGUAUUGUUCACGUAUUAUGAUCGAGAGUAGAAAAAAUAAAACAGGAAAGUGUUGAAGAAAUUAUCGACGAACGUGUUGUCGCAAUGAUAUAUUCUUCGUCUAAGACUCGUCAUUUUUCAGAUUAUACUAUAAGUAUCUAUAAAUUUAUAUUGUAGAAAUUAAGUAGAAGAAUAUGCGCACAAUUAUUUUCUGAUUCACUAUUUUACAAUGAUUGUAAAUCCAAACCGCAGGUCGGUUACGAGCUUCCAUGUGUAAUAAUUGAAAGAGCCAAUCAAAAUGUGUCCAAUUUAGUAAAAUUAAUCUUCUAGAAAUGAAACGUGAGUGUAAUUGUCUUUGUUCAAACGACGGGGAUUCGAAAGGCUUGAAUAAAAAAAAUAUUCGUGAAGUAAUUUUGCAAAUGAAGCAUACACUGGUCUAAUUGUUAAUUAAACAAUUGUCCAAGUAAAACUUCAGAAUUGAGAUAUUGUAAAUACUGAAAUUUGAGUAAUCAGAAUUAAAAAGGAAAAAAGCUGCAACGAAAAAUUAAGAUUAAGUUAUUUAAAGUUGGCAUACUUGAUAGAUUUAAGUGUAAAAAUCGACUAGACGUAACAAGAGUAUCUAGCAAACGAGAGCAUAUUUUUGCAAUUUAGUACGUACAAACUCUAAAAUGUUAAGUUAACGAUAUUGUGACUGAAGUCAUCGAUACAUCAGUUACGUCCAUGCCUGACAAAGCAUCAAUGUUCAAACAAAACUAUAUAGAUUUUAGCAGUAUUAUUUGAUUCCUGUCAAUCUCGGUAAGUUAAUCCAUUAAAGAUCAAGCAUUGAUACAGUGCUUAAAAAUUCUGUAAAUGUACCAUUAUUGAAGGGACAUUAUUGUAUGUAAAAUUGAAUAUAAAAUGAAGGGACAUUAUUGUAUGUAAAAUUGAAUAUAAAAUGAAAAGAAAUAUUACGUAAAAUUCUUGAAAUUUUACUCAUUAACCACAAUAUCAAAUAGUGUUAUUUAGUGAUAAUUUAUGUCAAAAAAAAAAAAAAAGAAAAGA